AUGAUUACAUUUUAAUUUCAGAAUGGACAUUGUGUUGUGGUUGUUUGUGGUUGGACUGGUGUUGGCAGCUUGGGCAUACUCCCGCUGGCGCCACAGCUACUGGUCAUCCCUUGGAAUUCCUACACCACCUUCCCUUCCAUUCCUCGGGCACAUACACAAGCAGUUAUCAUUAACACAAAAUCGAUGGGAUUAUUUUGACGAGGUGUACUACAAGUAUGGUGGCGCAACAUUCUGUGGAAUGUACGAAAUAUUUCGUCCUGUUUUGAUGAUUGGCGAUCCUGACAUUCUCAAAAAUAUUUUCGUUAAGGACUUUGAUCAUUUUGUUGACCGUCGGCAGUUCCUGGCUGAAGAAGGAAGCCUUACCAACGAAAUGCUUGGUAACAAGUCAGGAGAUGAGUGGAGGGCUCUUCGAGCAGUUAUGACUCCAACCUUUACCUCCGGCAAGAUGCGUGGGAUGUUCCCUCUCAUCAGUGACAAGGCUGAUGAUCUUGUUUCUUUUACUCUUAAAGAAGCUGCUAAGAAACCUUAUGUUGAUAUGAAGGUAAAUUUUGGACGAUUCACUAUGGAUACAAUUGCUUCCUGUACUUUUGGUAUUGAAUGCAAUUCCUUUAAAGAGGAGGAACCAGAAUUUGCCAAAUGGGCAGAAACAUUCUUUUCUUUUUCUUUUAUUAGAACCUUAAAAUUUACUAUUAUAAAUAUUUCCCCAAGGCUCUUCAACUUUCUCAGACUAAAAUUAGAGACUUCAGGUACUAAAUUUUUUGAACGCGUGGUGAAGCAGACAAUAGCAGUCAGGAAAAGAGGCCAAAGACGUGGAGAUUACUUGGACCUUCUUCUGGAUGCACAAGCAAGCCAUGACCAACACACCACUAAGUCAACAUCCAUCAAGUCCAACACUACAAGUGAGACUUCCACUACUAACAACCAUUCUGACAAUGACAGCUUAUCCGUCGUUCCAUCGAAGCAAGGUCAGUGCUGAUAUCUUUUUGAAUUUUAUUGUAU